AUGAAAAUUAAGAGUUUAGUUCUACUCGAUAUGCUUUAUCAAAUAGGCAAAGAGCCAAUGAGUGGCCGUGAAAUUGAGCAAGCAGAUCCGGCGAAGGAUGUUCCUGUUGUUUCAACUACUGAUCCAGCAGAAACGAAAUUAGUCGAUCAAGGACAAUCAAAAGCAAAAGUGACACCGAAGGAAAAGAAGAGUGUUUUGCAAGCCGUACUGCAUUUUGUUUACAAUCCUCAGCAAAAGACAGUUCUUGGCCGUAGUUCACUCAAUUGGGCUAAAUUAGCAUUGUUCUACUCGGUAUUUUUCUUCUGUUUGGGAAGUUUCUUUGUUGGCUUCUUGUAUCUCUUCGCUCUGUUUACGGAUUCCAAUGAGCCACGAUAUACGAAUACGGAAAGUACUAUGGCUGUACGUACAACGGCAACUGUUGUUGGUUUGGGCUUUCGACCACAACCGAUAAUAGACGAUAAUCUCAUUCGAGUGACAAAUACUAAACAACAACAAGAACAAAUUGCUUCGUCACUUAGUCUAUUUCGUCAAGUCUAUUUAACACAAAAAAGUGAUGCGAAAACUGAAGUCUGCUCAGCCAAUAAUCCAGCAUCUGAAUUACCACAAGGUUUUGCUUGUGAAUUCGAUUGGAGUGACAUUGUCAAAAAUGAUGAUCAUCCGUGCUCAGAAAAAAAUCUCUAUGGUUUCCAGCAGGAACAACCAUGUGUUUUAGUUAAAUUAAACAAAGUUUACGGAUGGACACCAUCACCAGGUCGAUUACCUGAGCAUAUUGUUAAGCUUCAAGGCGGACGUAAUAGCGGACCGAUUCAAGAUCCUGAUGUUUAUAUCACAUGUGAAGGAGCGCACCCCGCAGAUAAAGAUGUUCUUACUGAUCUUGUCUAUUAUUCGAUGGAUAAUCCAAAUGGCUCGCCAUCUUAUGGCACUAUACCUAAUCAUUUCUUUCCAUAUCGAAAUGCGCCGGAUCAUGUUCAACCAUUUGUUCUAGUACAAUUUAAAAAGUUACCAUUGGAUCGUCUUAAUGAUCAAGCGAAACUCUUCUUAACUAUUGCAGUUCUGUCAUCUCAUGAACGGCUGAAUGAUUAUUUGCCAGCGAUUCUAGAAACAUGGGCGUUAACAACAACGAUGGAGAUUGAAAUCGUGAUUUUUCUCGAAGAAACUAGUUCAACAAAUGUCGAUUUUCUCGACCGAAUCUUCUCGACAUUAAACACAGAUAUUCUAGCAUGUUUAUAUAUUGUAAAAUUAAAACAUGUAGAAAACCACUACCCACCACAAAAGAAAAGUUUCUAUGCUAUGAAAUUCCUCUACACAUUCUAUCAGCAUCGAACUUCAUGGGUAUUACGCUUAGAUGACAAUGCUUAUGUCCACAUUGAAAAGUUAAUUCCAUGGUUGAAAUCUAUUGAUCAUCGACAAGCUCUGUACAUCGGACAAGGCGGCACCGGGCGAAGAAACGGUCCUGCCGUUCAUUUCCCACCUGAAAAAUAUUUUUGUAUGGGUGGAAGUGGAGUGAUUCUUUCUCAACAGACUCUAAUGCAACUAGGACCCUGGCUUGAUCAAUGUUAUCGAAACGAGCUUUUAACUAAUCACGAAGAUGUGGAACUAGGCCGAUGUAUAUUAACACACGUCCAAAUCGGUUGUACGAAUGCAUACGAUUCCAAAGUUUUAUUUUAUCAUCACUAUGGUCCCUACUAUUCCUUUGGGGAUGACUUUACGCCAAAAAUUAUAUCUCACGCAUUUAUUCUUCAUCCAAUUAAAAAUCGAACAGUUUUUCGACAAUUAUACAGCUUCUUCCUUAGACAAAACCAUCACCCGACGAAUAUUUCCGAGUGGAAACCACUAAACUCGGAAACUCAUGUGACUUUUUUGAAUAACAGAGAACUCGACACCACCCGUGACAUACAGCUUCAACUAAUUGACGGACGAUGGAAGGUCUAUAUUGAUACAACUGUUCGAUCUUAUAUCGAACGUUUACAAAAAAUUUGGUAUCACCGUUCGAGUAAUUGGACAGUGGCCAACGGCAAGGCGACCUUUGGUUAUCAUCGUGCAGGAUUUAAACAUGGCUUAGAAUUGAUCACAGAAAUUUUGCUAAAUCUUCGUUCAACACACAUCUCACCUGUUCAAUCGCUAAUUGUUCGAAAAAGAUUUUAUAUUCGUCAAGGACUAGUGAAUCAAAAUCGGAUGACAUAUCGAGAAAUAAUCAAUGUUAAUCAUGAAUCUCAAUUGAAUCUUAUUGUUGUUGCCAAUAAUAAAGAUAAUGCUUUACUUCGAUUUAUUCGUAACUUUCACGACGAAAUUCUUCACUAUUCUGCUCGUAAACCACUGUUUACUUUAACCAUACUGUACUUUUCUCAAAACAACUCAUCUGCUCUUAAUUUGAUAUAUCAAUUAUCCGUCAGAUAUCCAUCAGCUAUUCAUCUUUCGAUUGUAAAUAGUACUCAGCAUACGUAUAAUCGUGGACUCGGCCGUCAAUUAGCAUCGAAUUAUUUUACAACUAAUCAAUUACUGUUUUUCCUUGAUGUCGAUUUGACGUUCACUGGUCAAGCAUUAGUAAAUACACGUGAAAUGAUCAUUCAUCUUCUAUCGAUUUCGUCAUGUGCAGUUUACUUUCCAAUCGUUUAUUCGACUUUUUCAAACACAUUCAAUCCAACUUAUCAGCAGCUGAGCCGCAUUGAGAAAGAUUCCGGUUUGUUUUCUAUCUAUGGUUUCGGCAAUGUUGCGGUGCGCAAAGGUGAUUUAGAUCGAGUUGGUGGAUGGGAACUCAACAACCAUGAAUGGGGAAUUGAAGAUGUCAAUUUAUUCCAGCGCUUUGUCAAUCGCUCAGCUGAAUGUUAUGUGUUUCGCGCAGUUGAGCCUGAUCUUAGACAUUAUUAUCACAAGAAAAUGUGUCAAGGUAUUCAAAAUCCAGCACGAGAAAAAAUGUGCAUCGAUGCAGAAGCCAGUUUGCUCGGAUCUCAGAAAGACAUGGUCAACUAUAUAUUCAAGCAUGAGUUAAUCUAG